AUGAAAAAAUCCAGUUUCCUGAGUCAGUUUCACCUGGCACGCUCCAGCGUCAGACCCUCUUUUGAUUAUCUUCUCCUGUGGGCCCUCUCCGGGUGUCUCCGUCUCGGUGGAGUCUCGCUCUGCGUCAAAUGGGUCGCCGCGGUGGUGGCCAUUGCUGUACUCUCUUCUCCGCUCUUGCUGAUCGGGUAUCUGCUGCUGGCGUCUUUUUAUCCGCGCAGACUCACCUCCGUCUCGGACACCCCUGUGUCUGUGGUGGGCAAGCCGCUUCUAUUCCCUCUCACCUUGACGCAUAAUCGCCUGUCUCCGAUCUGGAACCGCUUCAGUCACAGCGUGUUGAUGGUCGGUGUGCCCGUGGGUCUUAAAUGUCGGAUCGGGAAGUUGUUGUCUAUCGAUGCGGAGGAGACACUGCCCAGCUGGUUUACGUUUGACUCGAAGCGGUAUCUUCACCGGGGAGAUGAACAUCUGGGUCUGAGAGAGAAGUUGGAUGUGUUUUUGCGAGAUCAGAACGAGGACCCAUCGCAAUGGCCCUAUGCCUAUCUGCUCAGCGUCCCGCGGUUUCUCUGGUGGGAGCGCAGCGUCGUGACCUGGUGGUUCCUGUACUCCGAAAACAAGGAACUCGACGCCGUGAUCAUGGAGAUCAACAACUCGUUUGACGAGAAGCGCAACGUCCUCUUCAAAGUCCGAGGAACAGACGCAGACACCAAAGCCCUUGAAGACUCGCUGGACACCGACGCCCUAAAAACACAGUAUCUCGAUAUGAGACGCACCGUGGAAUCCUUGACCACGAGUCCCAAAUCCGUCUACUACAAAGGCAUCUGGAAGAAACACAUCUACAGCUCCCCGUUCGAGAAACUCGGCGCGUGGAUUGGCGAGCGGUUCAUGGACCCGACGACCCCGGCGGCGUGGCAUAAGAUGGGCUCGAUGUCCAAUACGACCACUCUUUCUACUACCACCGGCCAGCCGAGGAUGAUGACUAGACUUUCAUGUCGAAGUCCCCCGAUAGAUCCGAUGGAGGCGUCUUGGUGGACCGUUGCGAAUUUGCUGUAUUCGUGGACUUUGCCGGUGACGUUGACUACGCCGCGGAUUCUGUAUCAGGCAUUGAGGAUCGAGUUUAAGGGAUGGAUGCGCAUGCUGGAUAAGCCGCAUAUUCAGUCUGGGAGUGAGUCGCGACGGGCUACGAAGGGUGAAUGUGGCCUGGAACCUUUCUUCCAUCAAUACCUUGCACACUGUGUUUCAGUGUGUUCAUCUCCCUUGGAAGUGAAAUAUCUUCCGUCAAAGGCAAUUUCUCGCGAGGAGUUGAUUAUGCGUUCGCCUGCUUGUUCGCACGAAAGCUCCGUCGAGUCGUUGACCAUCGAGAUCCUCGAUCCGGGCUUCUACAGCAGAGUCCUUCAAUACAAGGACCCUAUUGAGGGCCUUAAUAUUGAAGCCAAAGCCACUGGGUUGGAAGCAGAUGAGCAAGCUGCUGCAUUGAAUGUGUCGGACAUGUCUCUCCUCAAGGAACUCGUCCAGUCAAACCCAUCAUAUCAAACCCUUGCCCCCGAGAACAAGGCACGGCUAAGCAAAUCAUCGAAUGACUCCGUCUUCAUGGACCGGUUUGUGAAGAACUAUAUGUCGACGUCUUCGCAGUGGGAAUACAGAUCUCUUAAACUACGCCUCUUCGGUGAGAGGAUCUCGUUCGGGGAGCCUGCGGUGCUACAGCUCUACAAGUAUGCAGGCGGUAUUGCCUGGAGAAUGAGCGUGACAGAACUGCUGAGUACCUUUGUGGGCGGUCCUUAUGAGGCUGCUUACUUGGGUGUUUUCCACGCGGGAGUUGCGUGUCUUUUCUAA